AAGAAAAACAAAUAAAUCUUCGCGGACAGCCUCAACGUCAAUCACCACAUCUUCUCCACCACCUCAAGAUGGAAAACACCUUGCUAUACUCGGUAAUCCUCUCCACUUUCUUCCUCGUUUUUUCCAUCAACUUGCUGCUACGAACAAGAAAGCAACGCAAGAAUCUCCCACCAAGCCCACUUUCUCUUCCGAUUAUCGGACAUUUUCAUCUUCUCAAGCAGCCCAUCCACCGAACCCUUGAGGCUCUCUCGCAAAAAUACGGUCCGGUCUUUUGUCUCAAAUUGGGAUCCCGCCUUGCCAUCAUCGUGUCAUCCCCUUCAGGUGUGGAAGAAUGCUUAGUCAAGAAGGACAUAGUUUUUGCCAACCGCCCCCAUGUUUUGAGUGGAAGAAUCUUGAACUACAACGACACUACCAUGGGCACAGCUGACUAUGGUGAUCACUGGCGCAACCUCCGCCGCAUAAGUGCUAUAGAGAUCUUCUCGUCACCUCGUCUCAACGCUUUUCUGGGCAUGCGAAAAGAAGAAGUCAAGCUCUUGCUGAGCAGACUGUACCGCGUUUCAACUCAUGGCUUUGCCAGGGUAGAGUUAAGGCCCCUGCUUUUUGACUUGACGAGUAAUAUAAUGAUGAGAAUGAUUGCAGGGAAGAGAUAUUAUGGUGAAGGGGUGAAGGAAAUAGACAAGGCAAGGGAAUUUAGAGAGAUGAUGGAAGAGUUUCUUCACUAUAGCGGGGCGGUAGUUGCUGGGGAUUUUCUUCCCUUCUUGCAGUGGCUUGAUUUGAAUGGAUAUGUGAACAAGAUGGAUAGACUCAGUAAAAGGAUGGAUGUGUUCUUCCAAGGACUGAUUGAUGAGCUUCGAGUUGACAGGAACAGUAACACCAUGAUAAGUCAUUUUCUUACCUUGCAGGAAUCGCAACCUGAAUACUACACAGACGAAAUCAUCAAAGGUCAUGUUCUGACGUUGUUGGUCGCGGGGAUAGAAACAAGUGCUACAUCGUUGGAAUGGGCAAUGGCGAAUCUGCUAAACCACCCAGAAGUGUUGAAGAAAGCUAAAGAAGAAUUAGACACUAGUCAGGUUGGCCGAGAUGAGUUGAUAGACGAGUCAGAUCUUCCAAAACUACAUUAUCUUCAUGAUAUCAUCUCCGAGAACUUGCGUUUAUAUCCAGUAGCUCCACUGCUGGUGCCUCAUAUGUCAUCCGCAGACUCCACUGUUGGAGGAUACCAUGUGCCUGCUCGUACAAUGUUGUUUAUAAAUGCAUGGGCCAUUCAUAGAGACCCUAAGUUGUGGGAUGAGCCAACAAGCUUUAAGCCUGAAAGAUUUGAAAAUGGAAGAUCAGUUGAUCAAGCAUACAAGCUUACGCCCUUUGGUCUGGGGAGGAGAGCUUGUCCUGGGGAUGGCCUCGCAAACCGAGUGAUGGCUUUGACUUUGGGUUCUUUGAUUCAGUGCUUCGAGUGGAAGAGAGUGAGUGAAAAGGAGAUCGACAUGGCUGAGAUCACUACGAUAACUAUAUGCAAAGUGGAACCUUUAGUGGUGAUGUGCAAAGCUCGCCCAAUUCUAGGCAAUGUUCUCUCUCGAGCUUGACUUUUACUGUGAUAUAUUUGAGAUGUACGUACCAAUAAUCUUGAAGAUCAAGACAAAUGUUUCCCUUAUUCCCUGAAGAUGCCAGAUUUUAUAGCGUUCGGUAUCAUACCUCUUUUGGUUUGUCUGUGACGAUGUCAUUUUCC